UUGAAGUUUAGAUGAAAACGAUAAAUCGAAGGAAACAAUAGCUCAUUCGCUAUGUAGUAGGCGUACGAGUAUAUUUUGCAUCAUUAUUCUACAAGACAAAUUAGAAAGUUGAUAAUGGCAGAAGAGAAGAAUGGUUCGACAGCGUCAAUUAGCUGUUUUAGUUCCACGACAACAUUGGUGCAUGAUGACCACAAAGUAAUCAGUGCCAAAAUCUCUGAAUUACGUAUUGAAGAAGUAUAUGACCCAUAUCAAAACAGAGACUUACAACAUCCAAACGGUUUUUUAGGUGCUUUCAUGCACAUAGUAAAAACUUCAUUGGGAACUGGAAUUUUGGCUAUUCCAAGAGCAUUCAAGAAUGCAGGGUUGUUAGUAGGACUCUUUGGUACUUUGCUUGUGGGAAUCAUAUGCACUCAUGCCAUACACAUUUUGGUUAAGGCAUCGCAAAAAGUUUGCUCAAAAACGAAAACGCCCAGUCUUGGUUUUGCAGAUACAGCUGAGGGAGUUUUUAAAUUGGGUCCGCCAGCCUUACAUAAGUGGUCACGGUUUGCCAAGUACUUCGUAGAGGGGGGAUUAUUUUGCAUCCAUUAUUUGGCCGAUGCUGUGUAUUUAGUAAUCAUAUCAGUAUCAUUAACAAAGUUUUUUAAGGUGUACUACCCGUCUACAGAAACAUGGGACGAAUACAUUUUCAAGUUGAUUCUAUUUGUACCGUUGCUGAUAUGCGGCCAAGUAAGGCAACUGAAACAUCUAGUCCCUUUUUCCUUUAUAGCAAAUCUCAUGCUCAUUGUAACAUUUGGUAUAACCGCUUACUAUAUGUUCUCUGGGAUCAGUGAAAUCAGUAUUAAAGAUAGAUCUUUAGCAGCGGGUAUUUCUGGAAUACCUUCGUUCUUCAGUACGGUACUUUUUUCCAUGGAAGGAAUUGGAACGAUUAUGCCAGUGGAAAAUUCGAUGGUAAAACCGAAAUUUUUGGGUUGCCAUGGAGUACUGAACUCUGCAAUGAUGGUUAUCAUAAGUCUGUACGCUUCGAUAGGAUUUUUUGGAUAUUACAAAUUUGGCGAAGGGACGGAGGCUACAAUCACAAAAAAUUUACCUGACGACAUGUAAGUCAUU